UAUUGUAGUGUUUUAUUGAGAUCAUAAAAAAUAAAGCGCAUCUUCAUUAUGUAAAUUGUGCGGUUUUGCUAAAUCCUAUCUAUUUGCUCGCAUAUUCAAAUGCACCAUGUAUAAAUUAUGACUUAUAAUCAACGAUUGGAUCUAAUUGGCUAUUUUAGUGUGUCGACAUUAAUUUCGCGAGAUAAAGCUUUAGCUAUAUAAGUCUAGAUAAGUUGUUUAUUUAGCGAGUGAUUGAGUUGUAUACCGCUCAUAUUUAGCAUUCUACAUCAUAACAAGACUGACCUCAUUUCUAAAGAAUCACGAGAAUGAAAAUUAUUUUACUGUUUUCCUUGCUAAUAUUUAAUUUGACGAGUGCUGAAAUAGUCGCGCGGAAUAAUGUAGUGGAAAAUGACUUGGGCAACCCAACUAAAAGAGAAAAAAGAUAUGAACCAACAUGGAAAGAUCUGGACAUGCGACCCUUGCCUAAAUGGUACGAUACAGCGAAAAUUGGAAUUUUCUUGCAUUGGGGAGUUUUCUCAGUACCAAGCUUCGGAUCGGAAUGGUUCUGGAGUAACUGGAAUUCGGGUGACAACAAAACAGUUGAAUUUAUGCACAAAAAUUACCCACCUGGAUUUACAUAUCAAGAAUUUGCUCCAAUGUUUACAGCAGAGUUCUUUAAACCUAAUGACUGGGCAUCUUUGUUCCGCAAAGCUGGAGCUAAGUAUGUUGUGCUAACGAGCAAACACCAUGAAGGAUUCACAUUGUUCCCAUCCCAAAGAUCCUUUAGCUGGAAUGCUAUGGAAGUUGGUCCAAAGCGUGAUUUAGUUGGAGAGCUGGCUCAGGCUGUGCGUAACAAGGAUAUGAAAUUUGGUGUAUAUCACUCGCUGUAUGAAUGGUAUAAUCCCAUAUACUUAGAAGAUAAGAAAAAUCUGUUUUUAACAAAGCAGUAUACAAUGACAAAAUUAUGGCCUGAUUUGAAGCAGAUUGUUAAUAAUUACAAACCAUCUGUGAUAUGGUCUGAUGGGGAUUGGGAGGCUUUGGAUGCAUACUGGAAUUCAACAGACUUGCUAGCUUGGCUAUACAAUGAUAGUCCAGUGAAAGACGAAGUAGUUGUCAAUGAUAGAUGGGGUAUAGGUAUACCUUGCCAUCAUGGGGACUUUUAUAAUUGUGCUGAUAGGUAUAACCCUGGUAAAUUGCAAAAUCAUAAAUGGGAGAAUGCCUUCACGAUUGAUUCAAAAUCAUGGGGUUACAGACGAAACAUGGCCUUGCAUGAAAUACUUUCAAUCAAUCAGUUGCUUAAAGAAGUUGUAUCAACAGUGAGUUGCGGAGGUAAUGCCCUUAUAAAUAUUGGACCAACGAAAGAGGGCACAAUUGCCCCAAUAUUUCAAGAGAGAUUGCUAGCCCUCGGUGAAUGGCUUGCAAUUAAUGGAGAGGCCAUUUAUGGCACUUCACCCUGGAAACAUCAAAAUGAUACUUACAAUGAUGGUGUGUGGUAUACUUGUACUAAAACCCAGUACCAUCCUUACCGGCCGUCGUCUAUUCCACACCAGUCUGAUACCAUAACAGCCAUAUAUGCUAUAUUCCUACAUUGGCCUAAAAAUAAUGUACUCAAUAUUAGUGAUCUCGCUCCUUAUCUACACACUGGUACAUAUAAAAUAAAGAUGCUUGGCAAUCAAGGAUUUUUGAAUUGGAAAAUAAGCAGUGGCAUGUUGUUAAUCAUGUUACCCGAUAAAGCAACAGUAAGAUCGAAAAACGCUUGGUCACUAAAGUUUAGUCAUUGACGAUACGCACUGAAAAAUUAAAUACACAUUUUAUUUUGAUAACAAAUAAAACACAUAAAUUUAAUUAAAAUGUGUUUUAUUAAAGAAGGUAUAUAACAUUGUGUACAAUUACAGAAAAAAAUAGCAGUUAUGCGGUUGGAUUAUAGUACAUAGGGAAAUAAAUAGGAGAUAUAUGUAAAACUAAUUGCUUUGAUUUUGAUGAAUUUGUCUUAAAUUAAUUUAAAAUUUUCUCAACAUGUUAAUACUAAAUAAAUAUGGAUCAAUUGUAAUAUUACGGCUUUACUGAGAAACAUACAUAACACAACCACAGUAAUAAUCAGGGUGAAAAGAUUUUAGAGGUCAAUAAAAACAGAUAAAAUUGUUUA